ACAGGAUGCACCUGUUCGAACGAUAACUUUGGAAGGAGUUUGCUUUGCAUGUCGACAUCAUUGAGAAAGAUCCCUGGGGGCAUCCCUGAAGAUAUAAAAAAAAUUAGAAUAGAAAAUUCUCACCUAACAGAAUUGCCUCGUGGGUCAUUCUCUAAUGUCAGUGCCUUGGAAUAUCUUUGGCUUAAUUUCAAUAACAUCACGGUCAUGCAUCUGAAAAGCCUCGAGUACCUGACGGAUUUGACUGAGCUGAGAUUGCAGGGGAACAAGCUGACUUCAGUACCAUGGACAGCGUUCCAAGACACGCCGGCUUUGAAAAUACUGGAUCUAAAGCACAACAGGCUCGAUGUCCUUCCAGAACAUGCCCUCCGCUAUCUGCCUAGCCUGACCUAUUUAGACAUCUCUUCCAAUCAGCUUACUGUCAUCUCCAAGGAUGUUUUCUAUAACUGGCCUGUGUACCAAAAAACCCAGCAGCUGGAGAAGAAGCUAGAUACUAUUUCCAACGCAGUCUUGGCUUUGCACGACAACCCAUGGAUAUGUGACUGUCGCCUGCGAGGGUUUGUCCAGUUUAUCAAAUCUAUUAGCCCACCCAUCAUUCUGAUGAAUUCUUACUUAACUUGCUCAAGCCCCAAAUUCAGAGCAGGAAAGUACUUUCAUGAAGUGGAGCUGAAUAACUGCAUGAAGCCAUUGGUAUCACCCUCUGAGCCAAAUCCCACUGUAUAUGUUGGGCUGAAUGUGACCUUGACCUGUCUGGUGCAGGCCAGCCCUUCCCCAGCAAUCUGGUGGACCUAUAUGUUAAAGCACCUACGAGGAUUUAAUGCAUCCACCACCCAUAUUAGUGAAGACAGAAUUAAGUCAGAAUUGAUUAUUCCUUCCGCCCACCUUGUGGAUGAAGGCAAUUACACGUGCACAGCUGCUAACUUCCUUGGCAACACCUCAGCCACAAUGAUGCUGAAAGUUCAAGCUCCAAGGGCGGCGGCCUCCUCCUUCUCUUCCUCAGUCUCAGGUGAGAAUUCAUACAUCGAUGUGAGGAUUGCCAAGCAGACGGUCUAUGGGAUCACUUUGGAGUGGUACAGCUUGACAGAGAAUCCAGGGGAAGCCUGGUAUACCCUCCAUUUUGGGAAGUAUGAUGACUCUAAGAAAGACAUGAUAUACAUUGGCCCCGGCAUCAAUAGCUACUCUGUCAACGACCUUCUCCCUGCCACCAAGUAUGAAGUGUGUGUUACUUUGAGGAACCAGAUGCCUCAAAAGGGGCAGUGCAUUGUGUUUGUUACAGGAAGUGACAUCAGCGAGCUGGAGCAGCGGGAGAAGCUCAUCCAUAUCAUCAUCAUUGUAUGUGCCAUGGUGCUCGCAGUCCCUGCUGGGAUGUACGCAUGUACCACCGAGACCAGGUUUAAUUGCAUGGAGAAAUGUGCCGACUUCUGCCGCCAGAGCAGGAAAGGGCAAAAUCUUCGGGGGGUCAAUAAAGAGAACACGUUUGACAGUUUACCAACAGGCAGUGAAGAGGGGCUGUGCCACCGAGACUCCAGUGACGACAAGAAAAAGCUGAAGGCUUGCGAGGACAAGGAGAAGGCCAACAAGCAGAAACCCGAGCACAGAAAUAGCGCUGAUCUCUAUUAG